CAUGCGCGAUGUGAUUUGACAUAUGGAUUCCGUGUCAAUGUUCGCGAUUUUAUUAUUUUUGUGUUUGGGGUAAUAAUUGUUGCACAAAAAUAAUGUCGGUCGUGGCAGGAAGAAGAAUUUUAACGCAUUUUUGCGAUAAUCAUUUGAAGAAAGUGUUAAUGCGUACAACAAUAUCGAGGUUCAGCUCCGCCACUAAUGAAAAGGCAGCUAACCUAGAAGAUAAUACAAAAGGAGUACCGGCUUCUGAAGCAGGCAAAACACUUGCGGCCGUGUUAAAAAAAUUCUCCGAUUCAAUUGUUAUAGAAAAGUUAGAAGUCCCUAAGACGUUACAAACAAAUGAAGUUCUUAUAGAUGUUAAUUAUUGUGCUGUAAAUGCGUCAGAUGCUUUAUUAUCUAAAAAUUUAUAUACAUUCGAACCAACUUUACCAAUGGUUCUUGGUUAUGAACUUGUUGGGAAAUUGGUUCAAGUUGGUCCAGAAGCAGAAAAGCAAGGCUAUAAAGUUGGGGAUAAGGUUAUUGCUCUUAACAAAGAUCGUUAUGGAGGUUUAGCUGAACAAUGUAUAGCAGAAAUUGAUGAUGUUUGGAAAAUACCAUCUGAAAUGAAAUCAGUAGAUGCAGUAGGACUACUUGAUGAUUAUGUUACUGCUUUAAUUGCUUUAGAAAGAAAAGUUAGUAUCCAAGAAGAUGAUAUCAUGUUUGUUAAUGUUGGUGGAAGUAGUGUCGGCUUGGCAGCAGUUGAUCUUGCAACAAAUGUUUUCAAAGCUCAGGUAAUAAGUGUUUGUGCUACUGAAGAUGGGGCAGCACUUGCUAGGGAAAAAGGUGUGCUAGCCUCUUUCAAAUUUAAAGAUCGAACAUUGUUAAAACAAAUGGAGGAAGCAGCUGCUGAAAAAGAUAUUAAAGCUAUUUUUGAAGAUGCUGAUGGUGAAUAUUUUAAAAAGAUCCUAACGUGCUUCACAAAUGUCUACAAAUCUGAUGCUACAAUAAAAGAUUUAUUACGCGAUGAUAGUUUUGCUGUAGUAUUACAUCAUCUUUCUCGUGAAGGUAGGGCAAUAAUUGCUGGCACAGCUGCAAUUUCAACAAACAAUGAGUCCAAGGAUGAGGAGGGUGGUUUCAGUGUUACUGGAUUUAAUUUAAGAGACUAUAGAAAGAAAAAACCUGAAACAUAUAGACAAGCAGGGGAUGAUAUUCUAGAUUUUUUUGAGGAAGGUCUGAUUAAACCAACAACCGUAUUAACCGUCGAAUUGUCUAAGGUAAACGACGCGGUGGAAUUUAUUCUCAAUAAGAAAUCUCCAGGAAAAGUCAUUGUUGAUGUAAAAAAUAGGUAGGCUAAAGAUUAGUAUAAAAGAUCUGGUACUAUACAGCUUAUGCUAAUGAAUAAUAAGUUUU